CGCUGGGAGGGAGAGCGAGCGAGCGGGCGGAGAGGGUUUCCUUGCUGCUGCUCGGCGUGCCUUGCUGCUCGCGUUUGGAAGUCGGGACGCUGAAAGCCGGGCCCUCCCCCUCGCUUUCCUUUCUUUUUGCCUUCCUUCCCCGCGGCAGAGAGAGUUCCCGGUGUCUUCUCCCCUCGCUUUGCCAUGCCCGAGGAUCGAACCGCCAGCACCGCCAGCAGCAAAACCACCGCCGCCAGCAAGAGGAACUUCUCGGGCAGGAGCCUAAUGGCUGCGAAGGGGGAAAUCUGAGAGCAAAGUCUCGCCUUCUCCUUUCCGGAGGCGAAGGCUGCAAAGCGAGCGAGGCUGAAAAGAAAGGCGUCCGAGCUCCCUCUGCCCGCCCGCUCUCCCGCUCUCCUCCACCACCACCACCACCCCGGGCAAACAUGAGGCGGGGAGCUCAGCCCUGAUGCCUGCGUCCCCGGCCCCGGCGGGAGGAUUCCGAGGUUCUCCCUCCCCUGGGGCACCGCAAACCGUCGGUGUGUGACCAGGAGGUAGAGAAGAAGAAGAAGAGGAGGAGGAGGACGACGAGCAGCAGCAGCAGCAGCAGGAGGAGGAGGAGGCAAGCGGGCGCGCCGGGGCUGGGAGGAAGACCCCCCCCCCAGACCUCACCAGAACCCAAGAACUCCCCGCACUGCUUGGAACUUCCCGUGGACUCUUUGAUUGCGCUCCUCUCCGCGUGCUGGCUCCUAAGCCAUUCCGUGGGAUCCCUCGAUAUUUUUUGCAGGGCAUUUUUAAAUUUUAUUUUUGGGGUCUGGUUCCUUGGAAUCGCGUCGCAGUGUCUCUUUUAAAUAUCUCUAUAUCUACGCACACAUACACCCAAGAAUUAUUUUUGGCCAAUAUCAUGGCGAUGAAAGGGGCCGCCGCCAACACCGGGAUCUUGUUAGUGACGGCCAACGUUGGAUCCUUGUUCGAUGAUCCGGAAAAUCUACAGAAGAAUUGGCUUCGGGAAUUUUAUCAGGUUGUACACACACAUAAGCCACAUUUUAUGGCAUUGCACUGUCAGGAGUUUGGUGGGAAAAACUAUGAAGCCUCCAUGUCUCAUGUGGACAAGUUUGUUAAAGAAUUGUUAUCAAGUGAUGCAAUGAAAGAUUACAACAGAGCCCGAGUUUACCUGGAUGAGAACUUCAAGUCACAGGAACAUUUCACGGCACUGGGAAGUUUUUACUUUCUACAUGAAUCCUUGAAAAACAUAUACCAGUUUGACUUCAAAGCUAAGAAGUACAAAAAAGUUACGGGGAAAGAAAUCUACUCAGAUACGUUAGAAAGUACACCUAUGCUGGAAAAAGAAAAGUUCCCACAGGAUUAUUUCCCAGAGUGCAAAUGGUCUAGAAAAGGAUUCAUUCGAACAAGAUGGUAUAUUAUUGACUGUGCCUUUGACUUGGUAAACAUUCAUCUUUUCCAUGAUGCUUCCAAUUUAGUUGCUUGGGAAACAAGCCCAUCGGUUUACUCAGGAAUAAGGCAUAAAGCCCUUGGUUAUGUACUUGACAGAAUUAUAGAUCAGCGAUUUGAAAGAGUUUCCUAUUUUGUCUUUGGAGAUUUCAACUUUCGACUGGAUGCAAAAGCUGUGGUAGAGACACUUUGUGCAAAGGCUACAAUGCAGACAGUCCGGGCUGCUGACACUAAUGAAGUAGUCAAACUAAUAUUCCGUGAAUCUGAUAAUGACCGAAAGGUUAUGCUACAAUUAGAAAAGAAACUGUUUGACUAUUUUAAUCAAGAUGUUUUUAGAGAUAACAAUGGCACUGCGCUUUUGGAAUUUGACAAAGAGCUGUCAGUCUUUAAAGACAGAUUAUAUGAACUGGACAUUUCAUUUCCUCCCAGCUAUCCAUAUAGUGAAGAUUGUAGCCAGGGAAUGCAGUACAUGAACACUAGAUGUCCAGCUUGGUGCGACAGGAUCCUUAUGUCACAUUCUGCCAAAGAGCUGAUUCUAAAGUCAGAAAACGAUGAAAAACAAGUGGUGUAUGACCAUAUUGGACCAAAUGUCUGCAUGGGGGACCACAAGCCCGUGUUCCUGUCCUUUCGAAUAGCCGCUGGGGCAGGUAAACCUAUUGCCAAUGUACACAAGUGUUGUGUCGUGCAGUGAUGUGGUGGAAAACGAUGCCUCCGACACGAGAAGAUAUUUCGAGAAAGCUCGUCGUAGCGACGAGGGAAAAGGAGGACGAAGGCCUGGAGGCCCAUCCCAUUGCUUAAACCAUGACAGCUCUAUUCAUCCGUCGAGUCCUGCGUGCCAUGUUGUUUUUAUCGUUGUUACUGUUGUUAUUAUUUUCGGCUGUUGAUCAUACACUGUUUUCUUCAGCGACUGGGCUUUAGUCCGGAAAAGUAAAAACUCUCAUACCUCACGGUCUAGUUAUAUCCUGUGACAUCGAAUAAUGGACUUUUUAUUUUUAUAUGGAGAUGCAUAUAUUAUGCCACAGUCUGGUUGCCAAAAACAGAGAAAAGAAACCCAAACUGUCUAGUUUGCCGCGAUGUUCUGUGUUUUAGACUUUCACUGUGCUUUUUUUUUCCAGGUUUCCCAAUGUGAAAUUAUAUAGAUUUAUGGUUUCUGUUUAGGGGGGAGGGGGGAAGAGCCAGCAUUAGAGGGGCUGACGGUUAUUUGGAUUGGGUUCGGGUUGUUUUUUUGUUUUUUUUUUUGUCGUUUUUAUAGACUUCGGUUUUUUCCAUGUUAUUUACUAUACUGCCAUGUUCCAUGGUUUUUGAAUCACACGACAGCAGCUGCUUUCUAUCCGUGUAUAUAUUUAUAUAUUUGUAUGUGAGUGUGUAUAGAGAUAUAUAUACACAGAUAUAGAAAUAAUUUAUAAUUAUAAACCGUUUGUCUUUCCUGCUACAAAAAUAGAUUUGCCCAGUUUAGCACAGACUGUUCCACCCUUUCCUAGCAGUAAAUUCUUUUGGUGGAGUCUGUGAGGGCUUUAAAAUGGAAGUGAGAUCGCGCGUAGAAAAGGCUGCCACCCACCGACACCCCCUCCUGAAACACGCCAGUCCUCUGGAAAGCGAUAUCCGGGGCAGCCCUAGCCAGGGACGUUUUUUCGGACGUUACAUCCAGAUGGUUUCUUAGAGAUCUGCGGGUUUACUCCGAAGUAAGUGCGGGCAGGAUUGCUGUCGCCAUAAACCCGCUUUCUUUGGGAGCAAGUGAAGGUGGCAUUCUAGUCUGUGGGUCUUACAUCCGAGCAAACGUACCUGGGAUCGGGGCCGGCGUCGGAAGUGCCGUCUGGAUGCGUGUUCUAGGACGCGGGUGUUCAGCCACAAGACUCGCUCCCUGUUGAAGAGCGAGCGGCCCCGAGGUGUAUAUAUAUGUUGAGCCAAUAUACUUCUCCAUUCGUCCAAUGUAGUCACGUAUCGAAGCAGCAAAUUCUGGUGCCAAGUAUCGUAGCUGAAAUAAAUAAAUACAGUAAAUCUAAAAAGAGAACAGCACGGACCCGAAGAAGAAGAGCAGAUCAGCGUCAGUUAGCAGUUUUUGACGGUAGCUAACCUUGAGAGGAAGAGAGGGAAGGGUUCGUAAAUCUUAAUGCUGAUUGGGAGCGCUCGUCCUCCAGCCUUUCCGUCCUCCCCAUAUCCCACCUUUCUUGUUUUCCUCACCUCCCCCCCCACCCACACACAGAGCAUUAAAAGGUGAUUAGCAAGUCUGUUGAUGAAACACAUGCGGAGGGGCAGUAUUGAUUUAAUUUAGAACACUACCGAGUUCAGGGACCAGGAGAUGGAGGCUGCAUUUGGAGUAUAAAUCAAACCCCAAGCAUUGCAGGAGGUGCGAGCAAUUGAAAGGAUAAACCCGGCGGUCCGAUGUCAUGCCAGAGAUCUCCCCUCUCUCCCCAGCCGGGCACUGGAAGUCUAAACACAAGCGGAGUGGAGCCACGCGGGGACUGGGAGAAAGUUUGCCUAUAUAUAUAUAUAUACAGUAUAUUGCGUGUUCACUUGGAAAUUAGCAUUCUGGUUCUCAAGCAAUAAAACUGAUCAUGGUGAAAAUGGU